CUGAUGAGAAAUUUGGCACUUUUUAGAAAAUGAAAAUGUUGGCGUUAUUUUAAUUGAAUUUUACGAAAUUAUUGGUAUAUUUAAGUUUCUUUAAGGACGAUUUUUAAGAUGGCAUCAUUUGUUGCAGAAGUUCUGACGUCAACAGGUCAAUUGGAGACCCAAGAGGCAUCAUCAAAACUUCAGCAGCUUUCGAAAAGAAUUGAUAACCUUAAACUUCAGGUAUAUGAUGUAACCACCAGCAAAUACAGCAAGUUCCAGGCAGAGUUGGUCACCACAGAACAGCUGGUCAGUGAUGUGGAGGGAAUCAAAACCGAGAUGGCCACUGUCAGUGAUAGGAUUGAAAACCAGAUCAAGAGCCAACUACACAAGUCGACAGUGGAUUUCGAGAAUUUGACAGGAAAGCUGGAGGAGGUGAACACCUUGAUGGUUGUGCUGGAGAAACUUGUGAAUCUUCAGGACGGGCUUGAAGCUAUGGAGGAAGCUGUGCAACAUCACGACUACUCAAAGGCAGCGGACAAUCUCCAUAUGGUGAAAGCUUUGCUGGGCCAGAAAGUGUUUAGGCACGAAGAUGAGCUUAGUAUAUUGACCGCCAUUCAGCAAGAAGCAGCCAUACAAACAGAAAGGGUUAUUAGCGAGAUGUUUGAAAAAUGGAAGACUCUGAUUCAAUGGAAAAUCCCCAGCGAGAAAAACAGGGAGGAGAAGGAGGUUAGAGUCGUUGAACUAAAGAUAAAUUCCAAAGGCGAUAAUGUUGAUUUGUUGGAAAAAGUUGUUUUUGGAAUGGAGAAAGUGAAUGUUUUGGAAGAAAAGAUGAAGAAGUUUGGGGAGUGGCUGUUUACGCAUAUGAUUAAGUCAAUUGUCACGGAAAAUCGAUGUGAAGUGUCGACGUCAGAAAAUGCGGCAGGAUUUGUGCUGACCUUGGAAAUAAGGCCCGUUGAAGAUACAGGAGUUCCAGUUUUACCCCAGCAGGUUUUUGCCUUGAUGGAUAAAAUUCUGCGGUUCUUGAAUCAGAACGUUCUCCAUGUCGUUAUCGGCAGUGCUGCUUCUGAAAAUGAAAAUCCAACAACGCUAAUGUCGAUAUUAGGAGGUCAUUUAGCAAACAAAACUUUAGACUUGAUCGUCAAGGAGUGCCUUAUCAAAGCAAUACCAGGCAGUAACAAAAAUAUUGAAGAAUUGGACAAAGUUAUAAUCAUUACAAAUGAGGUGCAAAAGAAAUUGAUAGAAAUGAAUUUCAUUGAAAGCGAUAAUGCCAUACUACCUGAUUUUGUUCAAAAUGUGAACACCCUCUUCGCAAACAAGAAAUGUCAAGAACUGCUAGAGAUGGCAAGAAAAUUGAUGACGACUGAAGUUCACAACACCGUGCGCGUGAGUCACGAGAAGCCACUUGGUGUGUUGCCUCCCUUGGUUGAUGGUGCUGGCGGGAAAAAAGCGCGAAAAGAAGAGCUUGCUGCGGAAUCACCGCUUAGUGUGAACACUUUCCGACUGCCAGCUUGCCAUAUCAGCACCUCGAUCCAAGAGUUGAUGACGAUGGCAUACGAGACCCUGCAAGAAGCCAGCUCGAGCUCUAAACAAUGUGCUGUUCAGCUGUUCUGUGCCGUGCGCAGCAUGUUUGAGAUGUUCUGCAGCGUGUUUCCCAUCUAUCACAAGCGCAGCCUCGACACGCUGCCACAGUUUACAGCCCUACACUACAACAACUGCAUGUACAUCGCCCACCACCUGAUGACGUUGGGUCAUCAAUUUAGCAAACGCCUCCCAGAAACCAUCAACUCAACGUUUGUGGAUCUUGUGCCCCAGAUUCGCAGGCUCGGCUCAGAAAGUUUCAUACAACAGCUGGUGAAACAGAAAGCUCAGAUGUCGGAGUAUCUCUCCUCAGCUAAUGGUUUUCUGAACGUGUCUGAGCAAGCUACCUUCCUGGCCUCCGAGAAGGCCAUUAAGCAGGUCUUACAUCAGCUGACUCACCUACAGAACGUCUGGAUGGAAGUACUGCCCCCCUCCAACUACAGAAAGGCUAUCGGAGGUCUGCUAAAUGGUGUAGUCAUGGAGCUAGUUGACAGCGUUGUUGAGCUGGAGGACAUUUCUGCCGACGAUGCUGUCCAGUUGUCGCGCCUGAUUAAUAGCAUUGUGGAGCGUGCACCAGAGUUGUUUAAGGUACCAAGUGAGGAGAGUUCAAACACCACAGUGGAACUGCAGAGAAACGUGGCCAAAUGGCAGAGGUUCAGGGAGCUAGAUAUGGUCCUGAACGCCAGCAUGAUCGACAUCUCAGAGCGAUGGGCUGAGGGCAAGGGGCCGUUAGCGAUCGCGUUUACUGCUAAUGAGAUUAAGCAACUGAUUCGAGCGUUAUUUCAAAACACUGAUAGAAGAGCUGCCAUGUUGAAUAAGAUUAAGUGAUUGAUCGAUUGUGAAUGAUUGAAUUAGUUAAAGGGACUGGACACCAAAUGGUCUCUAAAUCGACAUAUUUUCUCAAAACUAGCCUAGAUUUAUGAAUACAAACUGGUAUGAGGCUGAUAAUACAUCAUUUUACAUGAUUAAAAGAAUAUAACAUCGCUGUCUCAGCUGAGUUUUAAUGGUUAUCCACUUAAUAUGUGUAUAUAUUUAGCAUUUAAUAGUCAUGUGAUUAAUAUUAUAUAUACUAACGCUAUAUUUAAGUUUACCGGGAUUUACAUUGUAAACAAACCCAGUAAAUUUUAAAACAGAAAAAUACACAAAAUCUGCGAAAGAUACAUGCAUCGUAAGCCAUGUGGUACAUCAGAAUGGAAGACUCCAUGCAUUGUACACAAUGCUAUCAACUUUAUUUAAGUUUUUGACAAUUUUUUUUUUUCCUUGCAAUUGUAUCAUCUGGUGGUAUGUCCCUUUAACUAAAGUGCUUUACUGUUUAGUAACUGCCGAAAAACAGCAGAAAAAUAUGUCAUUUAUAAAAACAUACAUAAAAAGUUAUAGGUCUGUGGUAGCAUUAGUGAAAUAUAUGGAACACUGCAUUAGGAGCUGCUGACGAGUUUGAAACAUGUCAAAAUUAAUAAAAAGAAUGUGGCAUUACAUGUACAUGUAGGUGCGAACCUCUGGAAAAGAAAUAUUAAACACGAAAUUCAGACAAGCAUUAUUUUCCUAAUGUGAAAGAAAUGUUUAUGCAAAACAGUUCAUGUAUUUCUUUGAUAUGUAAUUAUUUUUUCUUUAUUUUAUUUUCUUUAAAAUUGUAUAAGAAAGCAGUCUUUCUGUUGAGCAUAGUUUCAGGUUUAAGCAUAUUAUGAUAUUGAGCAUUGUAAGAAAAGGUGCUGUAUUUUAUUAAAGAAAUAUUUACGUUGAUUAAAUACAGGAUAAUUGUUUGUUGUAGAUCAUAAUAUAUUUCACUGAGUGAGCACCAAAAGUGAUAUUUCACUGGUGAUGUUCAUUUGGUGGUGUAUAUUGUUUGUUUGGUGUUUGAAAAAGAUAAAUAUCAUUUUUAUUUCACUGAUAAAUUUUCUAUUAUAAUGAUAAUAUCUUUAUCUAUAAUACCCCCCCCCCAUAUAUUUCUGUCUAUGAAAUAUAUAUUAUGAUUAAAAAUACUUAUUUGUGUUUACUAUAUUUACUUAAGGAAUAUAUAUAAUGAUUAAAUAUACCUAUUUCUGUUUACCACAUCCUUAUGAAAUAUAUAUUAUGAUUAAAAAUAUAUUUCCUUAUGAAAUAUAUAUUAUGAUUAAAAAUAUUUAUUUUCUUUGACUAAUACAAACAAUCUUUAUGGUGUCGGUUCUUUGAAUGUUUACCUACAUGUAUCUACAUUGUCAAUAUUACAGAGGAUAUGUGCAUGAAGUUGAUUUUUUCGUAAAUUUUGGUAAUUAAAAUGCUAUACAUCUUGUUGAAUGUUGAAGUAUUUUAAUGACUGCUACCAACAUGUCAACAUGUUCAUUUCUCGUUUCCGUGACCAGAUUUAUUUGAUCAGGCAAAAAUUUAGUCUAGAUUGCUCUGGGUAUUGGGCUGAUAUACAACACCUACCAAAAGGGCAACUGACAUCUGGAGUUAAAUGUAUUUCAUGUCGCCUUGUGUUAAAAGUUUUAAAUACAGUAUGUCAACUUGUUAAAUGGUUGUUUAGGAGUACUUGAGCAGUCACCCAUGAAGUGGCGCAGGAUUUGGAGAUGUUGUCCCAUGUAAAUUCUAUUGUUUAGGAUGCUAAGUAUUUUUACUGGCAAUGAGGUUCAAGGAAAUGUUUCAUAUUUCCGAACUUUAAUGUACUGAAAAACUCAAAAAGAAAAAAAUACGAAACUAAAGAUAUCUUUAUAUAAGGUAAUACUGUAAGCACUUAAAUUGUUAAACGUGAUGAAGAUUUUCCUAAUAGAUGUACAAUGUUAUAUAUGUAGAAUGUUGCUUGUAUAUGUUAUUUGGAUGCUAUUUGUGACAGAUGUUGUAGAGAUCGAAUCACAUUACUUAUUGUUUGGAAUUGAUGGUUUUGUUGAUUUAUGAUAUUGUUAAAAGCAUCACAACUGUGUUCAGAGAGUUGUAUAUUAAGGAAUACAUGAUUUAGUUAUUGAUGCUGAUAAUUCGUUUUUCUGACUAAAAUAUUUAAGCUAUUGUGUUGCAUGUGCUGAACAUAAGUGCUGAAUAAAAAUUUGAAAACAAA